AUCAGGCAGUGUGGGUUCCAGAGUCCAGAGAAAGAGCAAGCAGCUGCAGGUCGAGGUUGGAACCUCUCAGGCUCUAAGGGGAUAAUGGCAUGAGGGACCUGGAGCUGAGCUUUGCCAUGACCAGAGAUACUGUUAUUAUUUGAUCAUUUUCACUGCUGGACAACCCUGGACCAGUUGCCAAUCUCCUGAAGAGAAGCUCUGUCCAGACCAGCUGGAGGCUCAGCUUGGUCCCAGGCUUCCUACUGGAGGCUGCCGCUGUCAGCACCAGCAUGUCUUAUAGCGUGACCCUGACCGGGCCCGGGCCCUGGGGCUUCCGUCUCCAGGGGGGCAAGGACUUCAACAUGCCGCUCACUAUCUCCCGGAUCACACCGGGCAGCAAGGCCGCCCAAUCCCAGCUUAGCCAGGGCGACCUCGUGGUGGCCAUUGACGGCGUCAACACAGACACCAUGACCCACCUGGAAGCCCAGAACAAGAUCAAGUCUGCCAGCUACAACCUGAGUCUCACGCUGCAGAAGUCUAAGCGCCCCAUCCCCAUCUCCACAACAGCGCCCCCAGUCCAGUCGCCUCUGCCGGUGAUCCCGCACCAGAAGGUGGUAGUCAACUCUCCAGCCAAUGCUGACUACCAGGAACGGUUCAACCCCGGUGCCUUGAAGGACUCUGCCCUGUCCACCCACAAGCCCAUUGAGGUGAAGGGGCUGGGUGGCAAGGCCACCAUCAUCCAUGCGCAGUACAACACACCCAUCAGCAUGUACUCCCAGGAUGCCAUCAUGGACGCCAUCGCUGGGCAGGCCCAGGCCCAGGGCAGUGACUUCAGUGGGAGCCUUCCUAUUAAAGACCUUGCAGUGGACAGCGCCUCUCCCGUGUACCAGGCCGUGAUUAAGAACCAGAACAAGCCGGAAGACGAGGCUGACGAGUGGGCCCGCCGCUCCUCCAACCUGCAGUCUCGCUCCUUCCGCAUCCUGGCCCAGAUGACAGGGACGGAAUACAUGCAAGAUCCUGAUGAAGAAGCUUUGCGAAGGUCAAGCACCCCUAUUGAGCAUGCUCCAGUGUGCACCAGCCAGGCCGCCACCCCGCUGCUGCCCGCUUCUGCCCAGCUGCCUGCUGCUGCCCCUCCCAGUGCGGCCUCGCCACCCUUGACCACAGCCACUGCCCAUGCUGCCACCGCCUCUGCUGUAGCCCCUGCCUCGAGCCCUGCGGACAGUCCAAGGCCCCAGGCCUCUGCCUACAGCCCCGCCAAGGCGACCUCUCCGGCACCUGCCACUCAUACAUACAGUGAGGCCCCAGCUGCCCCUGCGCCCAAGCCCCGAGUUGUCACCACCGCCAGCAUCCGGCCUUCUGUCUACCAGCCAGUGCCUGCAUCUACCUACAGCCCAUCCCCAGGGGCCAAUUACAGUCCAGCUCCCUACACCCCCUCACCUACCCCUGCUUACACCCCCUCACCCGCCCCCACCUACUCCCCUUCCCCGGCACCAACCUAUACCCCCUCGCCAGCCCCGAGCUAUAACCCCUCGUCCUCAGUGACAUACAGCGGGGGCCCUGCGGAGUCUGCCAGCCGCCCCCCGUGGGUGACAGACGACAGCUUCUCUCAGAAGUUUGCCCCCGGCAAGAGCACCACCUCCGUCAGCAAGCAGACCCUGCCCCGAGGGGCCCCUGCCUACACCCCAGCAGGGCCCCAGGUGUCUCCCCUGGCGAGGGGCAUCGUUCAGCGGGCUGAGCGCUUCCCAGCCAGCAGCCGCACUCCGCUCUGUGGCCACUGCAACAACGUCAUCAGGGGCCCCUUUCUGGUAGCCAUGGGCCGUUCCUGGCACCCGGAGGAGUUCAACUGUGCCUACUGCAAGACCUCUCUGGCAGACGUGUGCUUCGUGGAGGAGCAGAGCAACGUUUACUGUGAGCGCUGUUAUGAGCAGUUCUUUGCCCCAGUCUGUGCCAAGUGCAACACCAAAAUCAUGGGGGAAGUGAUGCAUGCCCUGAGACAGACAUGGCACACCACCUGCUUCGUCUGCGCAGCCUGCAAAAAACCCUUUGGGAACAGCCUCUUCCACAUGGAAGAUGGGGAGCCCUACUGCGAGAAAGACUAUAUCAAUCUGUUCAGCACUAAGUGUCAUGGCUGUGAUUUCCCUGUGGAGGCCGGUGACAAGUUUAUCGAAGCCCUGGGCCACACCUGGCAUGACACCUGCUUCAUCUGCGCGGUCUGCCACGUGAAUCUGGAGGGGCAGCCAUUCUACUCCAAGAAGGACAAGCCCCUGUGCAAGAAGCACGCACAUGCCAUCAACGUGUAGAGAGCCCGGAGCAUCUGACGUGGACAGGCGGGGGGGGGGGGGGCUGCUCCUGCUGCUGGCGACAAAGGAUUCAAGGAGGCUGAUGUUUCUUUUUGGGGGGAAAGGGGGAAGACAGGAAGCUACUGAGCCCUUUUGAAGUGUAAUUUUAGUCCUUCCUUCUGCACACAGAUCGUGUAUUUGCAUAGUUCAGACUAGAAGCCAAACGAAGAUUCCUAAACCAAGCUAGUAAUUAAUCCAAGGCUGGAGUUGUAAUUCAGACGUUCAGGACAGAAUUCCAAGAACUCUAGGGCGAAAAACAAAAAGUCAUCUUCUCGAAGUGAUACACUUCCCUGAGGUCACUAGAGCAGGGACGGAGCUCGGAGCAGUUAUGGAGAAUCUGAAGCAUUCUGUGGAGUUCUCUGGCAAACAAAAUGAAAUGCCAAACAGUGCUUGCUGCGGGGUAUUUUUAGAGCCAUAGCUGAGGGCUUGUUAGCUAAGACCGAUUGGGCUUUCCUCACCAAAAAAGGAAGUGUUAUUCUAUUACUAGCUUCAUGGAGCUACCUCUGGGCAUCUGACUUGAGACCUUGAGCAGAGUUGAGCGCUCUGAGGGAGUCCAGGCGCCUAAGAGGUGUUUUUUGGGAGCCUCUGGGCCGCUGACUGGGCUUCAGGAAGGCCUUUGGCUCAGGCUGCAGACGGCUGAGGAAAGAUGGGCCCUUCAGCCGCCUUCUUUCCAUCUAAAACAUCCUAUGUCCCCAGAAGGUUUAGCUCCUUUUUGAAUUUUGAUGGGAAAGUGUAAUUGGGUUUUUUCAGUCUUGCUCUGCUGUGUGUGAGGGGAGGUUUUAAAGCGACUCUGGGUUGCGUCUAGCCUUUGUUUUGCUUUCGGAAGUUCCUGAGCAUGAAUGUUCGGUCUUGUGCGUGUGUUUCACUCCCAAUCCCGUGACUGCUCACCUGUGAAGUCUUCCUCAGCACCCCUUCCUCCAACAGGCUUAAUGCCCUGUGGACGAGAAGUGAGAGACAGUGUCUGAAACGGGACGGCAGGGUAGGCUGAGAGCGUGCCCCAAACUCCGGGUGGGGAGGAGGAAGCUUGCUUUCUGCCAGCCUCAGUAAAAAGAGAAGUGUUGGUGGGACUCCCACCGCCGAGCUGUGCCAUCCUUCACAAAUGUUCCUUUAAAUGCAGCACAGCGAUUAUGUACAGUUGUGUUCGCUGCUGGAAGGAAAAGAUGGACCGAUACGUACCCAUCUGCCAUUUCAGCCAAUGGUUUGAAAAUGUAGGAGCUGAGUUGAUCUAGCAGUUAUUGAAGUGUUUAUUGAAAUAGCCUUGAGUCUUCAAACUUCUUUAAAGUAUUAGUGGUAGUUUGAGUUAAGCAAGCAUUUUAAAGCUGUUGAGUGAUCAAGAGAAGCUUAUUAGUGUCUGAGGUUAAAAACGGUACAUUCUCCUUCCCUUUAGGACGCACUGUUACUACGCUCCUUGAACAAGGCAUUGAAGUAGGCAGAUUGACAGGGUGUUUCUCACUUGCACACAAUACUUAGGCACUUUUCCAGCUCACUGCUAUUCUCUCCUCAUUCCCGUUUUGGAUUUUCUCUUUGCAUGUUUUAUGAGAAUGCAUUAGAACCCUUUUUCUUCUGAGGACUGAGGCUUCCAAGGGACUGUCUUUCUACCAGCGUGUGUCCCUUCUCCCCGAGGGAGAGAGAAGUGGCGGGAUGCGUCCCUAGCAGGAGAUCCGUGUUUUUUCCCAAGGUUGUCCCUGAGGGAGCAUCAGGAGGGAUGUGAACAUGCUCCUACCACGGAGUCCUCCUUUUUUUCUGUGGUGCCAUAAGAAAGUGAAUCUAAAAAGUACCAGACAGUAAAAUCUGCUGGGAGUGACUACAGAUUUUGCAGGCAUUGCAAACAAGUAUCUUGGAGCAUUCUGUUAUUUUUGGAAAGUUCAAAUAUACAAUGAUAAGGAGGUUGCUGACUGUACGGAAAAGCCCUAGGCAGGUUUUCUUUAAAAAAACAAAAACAAAACAACAAAUUUUCAUGGACUG